AUGGACUUUGGCUCAAAAAAAGCUACCAUUUGGAUUCAAGUUCCGAACUACACCACUGGCAGCGACUCCAAUUGCGCACUGGCGUCGGGCAAUAUCCACUGUGCCAUUGGACGCGCUAAAUUUGGUCCCAAACUUAUUUUUGCGUCGGUGCCUUGCCCAUCUACCAUCCAUCUCUCAAGCACUGGCCAUGGCGCCGUCUGGAUGCCCAAGACCUUCUAUCGAGCGUACAAAAGGCCCUGGAUUAUCUUCACUUCCUGCAACUCGAAAAUGCACUCGCUCUCUCUCUCCGCUGCAUUCGUCACUGCCCUGGCGACCACCAGUGCCCUUGCGCAGACACUGCUCACCUGCGGCGCGUCCACUUACUUUUACUCCACGGCCAGCUGCUUCGACAACGCCGUCCUCUGCCCCGUCGUCAAUGGAGUGCGCACGAUCUCGUGCAACGGGCUCUGCUACGACCCGAACAAGUUCACGUGCGACAACACCACACUCAUCGGAUACAACCCGAACCUCUCGGGCCAGCUCUUCGACUGCGGCGCGGCGCGCUACGAUCCCUCCGCGUACGUUUGCUAUGACGGCGACUUCCUCUGCCCCAAAUCCGAGACGAUCGCAUAUCUCCCUUGCGGUGACGCAUGCUACUGGCCUGACUCCUACACCUGCUCGAAUGGCACGCUCGGCCCAAACCCCGGGCCGCGGGACUGCAUCCCGAAUUUCAGCGACAACAUCUUCUGCAAUGACCAGGGGUGCUUCGAGCUCGAGUGCUGCCCCGGGCUCAUUGCCGUGGCAGACAAGUGCCGCGACCCGUGCGACUUCGGGCCUAUUUGUUAACGGGAACUUGAAGGUGCAUUUCAAGUGCCAUUUGACUCGGAGUGUCUGA